AUGCGUCGCACCGCACGUCCGCCGCCGAGGGAGCUCGUUAUUGUGCUUCUCUGCGUGCUGCUCCUUGUCACACUGCUUCGGUCCGCUGCUGCUGUUACAACGCACUACUCGUCGCUGCGGUGGAGAAUCGCCCCCACCAGCGUUGUGCCAGCCACCACAGGCACAUUCGCUCUCACUGUUGACACCCCGGACAGCGUGCUGCCACUGCCAGCCACCACAGGCACCUUCGCUCUCACUGUGGAUACCCCAGACAAGUACGUGAGGUGA